AUGCCCGCCAGCCAGCCCCAAGCAGGCGAGCCACGAAAGCAGAUUGUGGUAGCCAUCACAGGCGCUACCGGAACAAUACUGGGAAUCAAUUUGCUUGUUGCCCUUCGCCAUCUGCACGUCGAAACUCACCUGAUCAUGUCCAAAUGGGCUGAAUCAACCAUCAAAUACGAAACAGACUAUCACCCUUCCAACGUCAAGGCUCUCGCCGAUCAUGUCUAUAAUAUCAGUGACAUGGCAGCUCCCAUAUCCAGUGGGUCGUUCCACACAGAUGGAAUGAUCAUCCUGCCUUGCAGUAUGAAGACACUUGCAGCGAUAAGUUCCGGGUUCUGCGACGAUUUGAUUUCACGGAGCGCAGAUGUGACGCUGAAAGAGAGGCGAAAAUUGGUCCUGGUGACCAGAGAAACACCAUUGAGCGACAUUCAUCUGCGAAAUAUGUUGUCUGUAUCACAGAGUGGAGGGAUAAUAUUUCCACCUGUGCCAGCGUUUUACAUUAGACCUUCGUCGGUUGAGGAUCUGGUCAACCAGAGUGUAGGGAGAAUGCUUGAUUUGUUCAACCUCGAUGCGGGGAAUUUUGAACGGUGGAGCGGGUGGAAAAAGGAGUAA